AUGACAAUUCCUCAAGGACUAGUUUGUAACAAAGCUAACCAAGUCUGUCUUCUUCAGAAAUCCUUGUAUGGCUUAAAGCAGGCCAGCAGACAAUGGUUCAACACACUUAGUGCUUCUCUCAAGAAACUAGGGUACAAGCAAAGUAAUGCUGAUCACACCCUCUAUAUUAAAGCAUCCUCAGGUUCUUUUACUGCUUUGCUUCUAUAUGCUGAUGAUGUUCUUCUGGCUGGAAAUGAUAUGCAUGAGAUUCAACUUGUCAAAUCUUCACUUCAUGAUCAGUUCAGGAUCAAAGACUUGGGUGAGGCCAAGUAUUUUUUAGGUCUUGAAAUUGCACGGUCCACAUCAGGCAUUGUUCUCAAUCAGAGAAAGUAUGCUCUUCAACUGAUUUCAGAUUCAGGACAUUUGGCUUCCAAACCUGUUUCUACUCCCAUGGACAACUCACAGAAACUAGGAACAAACAUUGGCACUCCUCUUACCGAUAUAGGGUCUUAUAGAAGACUAGUGGGCAGACUUUUAUAUCUUAAUACUACAAGACCUGACAUCACGUUUGCAGUGAAUCAGCUCAGUCAGUUUCUUUCUGCUCCUACUGACAUUCAUGAACAAGCAGCUCACAGGGUUCUCAAGUAUCUCAAAGGAUCUCCUGGAUCAGGCUUGUUCUAUCCUGCUUCAUCUUCUACAACUCUAACUGCCUUCAGUGAUUCUGAUUGGGCAGGUUGUAUUGAUACUAGGAAAUCUAUUACUGGCUAUUGCUUAUUCUUAGGUGAUUCUCUGAUUUCUUGGAGGUCUAAGAAACAAAGCACUGCAUCCAGAUCUUCUUGUGAAUCUGAGUACAGGGCCAUGGCAACAACAGUUUGUGAAAUUCAAUGGCUACACUACCUUCUUCAAGAUCUGAAUCAGCCACAGCUAGCUCCUACUUCCAUGUUCCGUGAUAAUCAAAGUGCUAUGCACAUUGCACACAAUCCCAGCUAUCAUGAGAGGACCAAACAUAUUGAACUUGACUGUCAUAUAGUCAGAGAAAAGCUUCAACAAGGAUUAGUUCAUCUCUUGCCUAUUUCUACUACUCUACAAACUGCUGAUGUAUUCACAAAAUCUUUGACUCCUGCACCUUUCAAGACUUGUAUUUCCAAACUGGGCAUGAAAGACAUUCACCUCCCAGUUUGA